AUGGGGCCACCGCUCCGCCGGCUCCUGCUGCUCGGAGAGGGCAACUUCUCCUUCUCCGCGGCGCUGUGCGGGGCCCAGGGCACGCACGUGGUGGCCACUUGCUACGAGAGCGAGGAGGAGGCGACCGGGCGAGAGGGAGCGGCGAGGAGCAUCCGCUGGCUGCGGGACAGGGGAGCCGAGGUUUUGUUCUCCGUGGAUUGCACCAAGCUGAAGGAACACUUUUUACCGGGAGAACGGGAAUUUGAUCGGAUUUAUUUCAACUUCCCUCACUGUGGGAGGAAGGCCGGGGUGGUGAAGAACAGGCAGCUCCUUGCCCGCUUUUUCCAUAGCUGCACAGAAGUGCUGGCACAGGAGGGAGAAAUCCACGUGGCCCUGUGCAAUGGGCAGGGAGGGACUCCUGCGGAUCAGCCCAGGAGGGAGUGGCACAACAGUUGGCAAAUCGUGGCCGUGGCAGCCGGAGCUGGGUUUAUCCUGAGCGAAAUUCAUCCUUUUAAAGCAGAAACUAUCGAUGGAUAUAAAUGCACGGGUUACAGGAGUCAGGAUAAAUCCUUCUGUGUAGAGGGUGCUUUGAACCACAUUUUCACACGGAGCACAGCACCCCUGUGUUCCACACCCGUGAGCUGCAAGACACAACUGGGAAGCCAAAAAGUUUCUUUUCAAGUGCCACAAGUCCUCGUGGAUAAAAUGAAUAGGGGUUUCCUCGAAGAGAAUUCAAAUCAUCCAGUAAGGACAAUAAAGGAGAAGCUCAGUGCAGGGCUCAGCCAAGUUUUUCCACUGCAGAACAUCAGCUCCUGCCUUCCUCUGCUCCACCAAGGUCACCCCAAUGGGGUUUGCCACUCCAACAUCUUCUGGGUCUCUCUGAGCCCAGGGGAGGCUCCAAGCACUGAGGAAAUGUCUCAGGAACUGGCAAACACAGCUUUGUUUUCCCAUUUUGGCCAGGACACGGAUCAGAAUGUACAGGAAGGAUGCCCAAUUCCAAAGCAGUUUUAUCUUAGGCCUUCCCUCCUGCCUCAUGCUCAGGCAAUAAUAAAAAAAAGAGCUUUUUCCCCAGGGACACUUCAGGUUCUUUCUGGGCCAGUUUUUAGGAAAUGUCGGAUCUCUCCCCACUCCAUGCCUGUUUUCCAUGAGAUGCUCGUGGUGCUUGCAGUUAGCAGGGACACAGAGAACAGCUGUAUCCAGAUGUUGGUGGAUAACAUUCAAACCACCAUGAAUUCUCUUCACCAGGGCGUUUCUGGUGUCAAACCCAGCAUCAGCCUGCAGGAAGCAACGAGUCUGAGAGCUGAGCUAAAUGACUUUGCUGCUUUGGAACGGCAGCUUGGUGAAAUUCAGCAUUUCCUGUGCGUGGGGACAGAGCCAGACCCCUCAGGCUCCUGUGUGGGGGUGAUCAGGACAGCUCCCGAUGAAUUAAAAAGCCAUGAGCUGGUUGUUGUGUCAGCCUCGCUGAACCUGGACCUCCUGGCCAUGCUGCUGUGUGGAAUAUCCGACUGGAGGAUGCUCUGGACACUGGACAGGCGCUUCCUCAGGCAGUUUCCUGAGGGAGACUUGAGGCUUUUCAAGAGUUUCUCCCUCUAUCCACCUUCCUACGUGCACGAUGUCAGCUUCUGGGUUCCUGACGGGGAGGAGUUUGAUGAAGUGGCUUUUCACACCCUUGCCAGGGGGGUGUCAGCUGAAACGGUCAUUUCCAUCCAGUUGAGGGACAAUUUCCAGCAGCCAGGGACAGGACGGAGGAGCCUGUGCUACAGGGUGACUUUCCAGUCCUGUGACAGGGCCUUGGGCUGCCAGGAGGCAGCGGAGAUGCAGCUGCACUUUCGGCAGGAAAUACAGCAACACCUGGGUGUGACCCUGAGGUAGAACAUCUCCUGUGGUGUGCAGGGGCUGCAGCAGCUCCUGUGCCAGUUUUUUUCUGACCUGGAGAAUGUCACCUGCACGUGGUUGGACCUAACGCUGUCACUGCAGUGCCUGUCACAUGGCGGGGUGGACUUUGAGCUCGUUUCAGUGCGGGAGUUCUGUUAAUGAGGACCAAGUGCUCUCCUGUUCAGUGUGUGUGUAAUGAAACCUCGUUCCAUGAA